UUCGUCGCGCGUGUCCUUCCACUAAUCCCUCCCGCCUCUGUUUUUAACUGUCCACACGCGAAUUGUGCCUCUGUUUUUCCGCCUCGCUCUCGUGUCGAUAAAAAAAAAACAUUCUUUUUCCCUCCCUUUUUCUUAGCACUUUUUCUCGCCUGCCACCUCAAACUUCUCGCUCGUUCUCAUCACACUCCCUUGUCUCCUCAUUCACUCCUCCUCCUCCUUCUUUUUCUUGACCUUCCUUCUCUUUGCCAGCAACGACUUGCGCAAUCAACUUCUUCAUUCCUGCACAAGCUUCGACUCGAUUCAUCCCUUUUUUGAAUCCAGUUCUCAAAGCCGGUCUCAUAUGCCAAACCUUCGCCGUUCCCUCCAGUCUAAAAACUCUGGAGGUCUUUCGCCCACACGGAUCCAUGCGACCGCCGCCAUAGGAGCCCCGCGCAAGGUCAUCAAGGCUCUUUACGACUACAACACACGGCAGCCUGAGGAAAUGUCCUUCCACAAGGGCGACUUUUUCCACGUCGUCGGUAACGAGGACGACGAAGACUGGUAUGAGGCCUGCAAUCCCAUCACCGGCGCUAGGGGUUAUGUUCCUGUAACAUACUUUCAGACAUUGGAAAAAUCAGGCCAACAAAUGUACCAGCAGCAAACACUUCAACAGCGGCAACGCAACAGCAACCAGAGCUUCGAAGACAACGGCAAUGACUCGGGCGCCUUCAUGGAGUCCUCGCCUCACCAGUACCACUCACCGCCAUUGCACCAGCCCCAGCAUCAUCAACAACAUAUCCAGCACAGCCAUUCGUACUCAAAUGGAGGCAGUGGAGUCGCCUCUGCUGCUGCAGCCGUUGCAGAUGGUAUAUCGUCGACGUCGUCUCCAUCCAUGUCUCAAAAGAGCGUCUCAUCCCCGUCGUUACCGAAAUGUCAGCCCCUUUACGGUAUCGUGCUUUACGACUUUGGUGCCGAAAGAGCGGAUGAGCUUGACUCCAAGGCCGGGGACGCGAUUCUGGUCAUUGCUCAGUCGAAUGAGGAGUGGUACGUCGCCAAGCCCAUUGGGCGACUCGGGGGCCCAGGUCUGAUCCCUGUUAGCUUUGUGGAAAUCAGGGACAUGGUCAGUGGGAAGCCCAUUAACGUGCCAGAGAUGUUGCGACAGACAGGCACAGUUAUCCCGCGGGUGGACGAGUGGAAGAAGCAAACGAUGGAGUACAAGGCCAACAGUAUCCCUCUCGGCCGAAUCGACGCCAACGACGCUCCUCAGCAACCGCAACCACAACCACAGCCGCAACUAGCACAGCAUGCCCAGCAUUUAGCCCAUCAACAAUACCAUCCUCAAGCCGCUCAGGGUCUACAGAUGCAUUCACAGCCACUUCCGCUUCAGCACCAGUACCCGCAGAAUGGAGGCCCAACUAUCCAGCAGCUCAAGAAUAAGUUAUCCAGGGGGGAUCUCAGAUCACCCAACCAGCGAGACCAGAGUUCGCGAAGAAAUCUCUCACAAGAUCUCGAUAUCGGCCGUCGUGUGGAAGGAUCGAAUGGAAGAGCAGCCCACACUGUCCCAGUCCGCUCCUUCAGCAACGACAAUUAUGAGGAUAGCAAACAACACAACAGUGGAUCACGGAUUGUCCAUGCCACGGUCGAAUCCUUCCAUCACGAGGACGACCAGUACUGGUUCUCUGUCCGGGUCGAUCUCGCCUCUGGAGCAUCACGGAACCUCUUCAGGGUGUACGAUGACUUUUACAACUUCCAUAUCGCUAUCCUUGAAGAAUUUCCGGUCGAAUCUGGACGUGUAGGCGAUCAACCCCGUAUCUUGCCCUUCAUGCCUAUUCCUCUCCAAAUCGUCAACGAUACGGUCUCGGCUUCGCGACGUGCAGACCUCGAUGGGUACGUGCAGGAUCUGUGCAAGCUGCCUGCAAGGAUCAUGCAGCACCCUUUGGUCGAGAAUCUGUUUGCGGUGAAGGAUGGCGAUACAGAGACACCGCCCGGUGCCAACGGAUCAACAGGAGUCAGGCCCAUCUCACCCGGAUUGGGUCGAUCCAAUCAGCAUCGGGAACCUGAACAUCGUGGCUCGCCCGUGGCUGGACCACGCGCGGUGUUUGCAAGUCGUGGUGCCCAACAAGGUCCUCGUAGCUAUAUCGACGAUUCACCAUCGCCCUCGACUUCAGCAGGUGUGUCUCCUGGGCUGCGAUCUCCCACUCAGUUCCCGCCAACGCCUAAUAUUGGCUCAUCCUCCUCGGAGGAGAUGAUUAAGGUCAAGAUUUCGUUCAAGGACGAUAUUAUGGCGAUGAGGAUACCCGUGACCAUCACCUUUAAGGCACUGCAGCAGAAGAUCUUUGAUCGUUUACAGGCCGAGAACAAGAGUCUGAGCUACAGAGACGACCGCGGAGACCUGGCCAUCAUCCAGGGCGACGCAGAUGUCCUCAAGGCGAUCGAUCGAAGUGGUGGCAAGCUGAUGAUCUAUGUGGAUUAACCAAGCACAAGCAAGCAUACACUAUCUAUUCACUCUACACAUAUUUCCUGUCCUUUUAUCGUAUUUUAUCGUUGUAGUUAUUACCCUUUUGGCCCUUUUCCCUCCAUUUUUCCUUCGCUCACUGUCCUUUGUAGAUACUCGUCAAAAUAAGAUAAACCGCCGAAGAUACCCCCGUAAACAAACGUUUUACGAGAAUCAUUUUCAACCGUAGCUGUCAUUUCAGGCUCACAAGAAGAGUACCACACAGGGGGCGAGCCGGAAGAACGCCAAGAACACAAGAACGGGCCUUGGUGUUGUUGCAUGAUAUGUGUAUGAAACAGCAAGGCUGUGCUUCAGCGACAUCUUC